AUGGGCUCCUUCAAGCAACUACUCGUCCUCGUUACUCUCUCCGUGUCUGCUAUGGCACAGUCGGGCCCUUGGGGUCAAUGUGGAGGUAAUGGCUGGACUGGUUCUACAACCUGUGUUAGCGGUUAUGUCUGCCGCGUCCAGAACGAGUGGUACUCGCAAUGUGUUCCCGGUACCGCACCUCCAGUCACCACCCCUCCUCCUCCAGCAACGACUGUGGCUCCUCCUCCCCCCGUCACCACUGCACCGCCUCCCGUCGUGACCCAGCCUCCCUCGAGCGGCACCUGCCCUAACCUCCCUGGCAGCAUCAACCUCGUUGCUAACAGCCGACUCCCCGAUCCAUUCACAUUCAUCAACGGACAGAAGGUCACCUCCAAGGCCGACUGGGAAUGCCGACAAAAGGAAAUCUCCGAAUUGUUCCAACGCUACGAAGCUGGAACACUUCCCGGCAAGCCCGAAUCCGUUACUGGCUCCCUUUCUGGAAAUAGCUUGACCGUCAACGUCCGCAAUGGUGGACAGAGCAUCAGCUUCAGCGCGUCCAUCCAAUUCCCAUCUGGAAACGGACCCUUCCCCGCCAUCAUUGCAGUGGGCGGUUCCUCUAUCCCUACCCCCAACGGCGUCGCCAUCAUCAAUUUCAACAACAACGAUAUCGCCGACCAGCAGGGUCAAUCCAGCCGUGGCCGUGGCAAGUUCUACACUCUCUACGGCUCCAACCACUCCGCAUCCGCCAUGACUGCUUGGGUAUGGGGUGUCAGCCGAAUCAUCGACGUCCUCGAGACGCUUCCCAACUCCCGAAUCGACGUGAGCAGGCUCGGUGUGACUGGAUGCUCUCGUAACGGAAAGGGUGCCUUGAUGGUCGGUGCCUUUGAACCUCGUAUUGCCCUCACCAUUCCUCAAGAGUCCGGCUCUGGAGGCGCUGCCUGCUGGCGUAUCUCCGACGCGAUGUCCAGGAACGGCGUCAACACGCAGACCGCUCGUCAAAUCGUUGGCGAGAACGUCUGGUUCUCCCCUGUCUUCAACCAAUAUGUCAACCGCGUCGAUGACCUUCCCUUCGACCACCACUUGCUCGCCGGUCUCGUCGCUCCCCGUGGUCUCCUCGUCAUCGACCACUCCGGCAUCGACUGGCUCGGCCCUCAAUCCGUCUACGGCUGCAUGGUCACUGGUCGCAAGAUCUACCAGGCCCUCGGUGUCCCCAACAACAUGGGCAUUUCCCAGAUUGGUGGCCACAACCACUGCAUGUUCCCUGGCAGCCAACAGAACGACCUCAACGCCUUCGUCGACAAGUUCCUGCGGGGUAAUAACAACGCCAACACCAACAUCCAGCGCACCGAUGCUCCCAACAACGCCGGCUUCGUCGAGUCGCAAUGGGUUAACUGGCAAGUGCCCACCCUUUCAUGA